CUUAGAUUUUAUCUGCGCUACGCCGCCCUGCUAAUUUACAACUUAAGCCUAGGCGCUAGGUGCUUUAAGUUAAGAUUUAAAGAAGAGGCUUUAAGAGAUUUUAUAAUACUAGCUAUUAUAUGCAUAAGCUAUAAUAGGGCUAGGGCUGUUAAGCUUAUUAGCAUUAGGAAGGCAUUAAUAUAA